UCAUUGAUGGUUUAUCAGCAUCCCCCCCUCCACCCCAUCUCCUCCACUUAGAGUUCAUUUUACACUUUUAUGUGGGGGGGUACUCAAGGUUCGGGCCAUUCCUGAGCUCGAAACCCUUCCCCGGACAGCACGCCAAAUAUGCAUUAUAAUAGUUCAGCUAAUUAUAUGUAAGUGUGAACUCGUGAAUACUGAAGGAAAUGCUUUAUUUUCAGUUUGUCUAAAGAUGAAAGUUGAGUUGUGUGUCAUUGUAUGUCCAAAUGCAGAACUGAACAUAUUUAAGGAGACAGAAGAUUACUGGAUCUAAAAUGAGUCUCUAUGAGGAGAGAGAGAAGGAUGAUGUUCACUAUCAGAACAAAAGAGCAGCAUCUCCAGUGUCCAGCUGUGUGUCUAUGAGGAGUGACAGAUCCAUGCCAGAACCACCCCUUAAGUUUAGUACUGGAUCAAUGACCUUUAACCCCAGUGACAUUGAGAACAAAAGUGCAGCAUCUCCAGAGUCCUGCUGUGUGUCUAUGAGGAGUGACAGAUCCAUGCCAGAACCACCCCUUAAGUUCAGUACUGGAUCAGUGACCUUUAACCCCAGAGAUGAUAAGACUGCAGACCUGCAGCAGGAUUCCCACCAACCAGAUGAUCAACUACAGAGAGUCAAAGACCAGCACAAAACCCGCAUGAAGAACAAGUAUGAGAUAUUAUUUGAGGGACUGAAACUCCAGGAGAAUGAGAAUAAAAGCCUCCUGAACAGGAUCUAUACACAGCUCUACAUCAUAGAGGGAGAGAGAGAAGGAGUGAAUGAAGAACAUGAGGUUUUACAGAUGGAGAAAACAGCCAGAACACAACACUCACAAGACACUCCACUCUACUGCAAUGACAUCUUUAAAGCCUCAGCUGAAGCAGGAUGUGAGGAGAAAGAGCAGAUCAAGACUGUUCUUACUAAAGGCAUCGCUGGAAUCGGAAAAACCGUCUCUGUGCAGAAGUUCAUUCUGGACUGGGCCGAGGGAAAAGCCAAUCAGGAUGUAGAUUUCAUGUUUGUGCUUCCAUUUCGAGAGCUGAACUUGAUCCGAGAUCAUCAGUACAGUCUUCACAGACUUCUGCUGAACUUUCAUCCUGAACUUCAAGAUUUGGACUCAGAGAUUUACGAGGAGUGUAAAGUUGUGUUCAUCUUUGAUGGUCUGGAUGAAACCAGAAUCACACUGAUGUUUUCAGACGCUCAGAAAGUUUGUGAUGUGACUGAGACUUCAUCAGUGGCUGUGUUGAUGUCAAAGCUCAUGAAAAAAGACCUGCUUCCCUCUGCUCUCAUCUGGAUCACCUCCAGACCAGCAGCAGCCAAUCAGAUCCCCUCCAAAUACAUCCACCGUCUGACAGAAAUUCAGGGAUUCACUGAGCCUCAGAAGGAGGAAUAUUUCAGGAAGAGAAUCAGUGAUGAGCAUCAAGCCAGCAGAAUCAUCUCACACAUCAGAAGAGCAAGAAGCCUCCACAUCAUGUGCCACAUCCCCAUCUUCUGCUGGAUCUCAUCCACUGUGCUUCAGAAGCUCCUGGAAGAAGAUCUGAGUGCAGAAAUCCCUCAAACUCUGACUGAAAUGUACAUUCACUUCCUGCUGAUUCAGAUCAACAUGAGGAAGCAGAAGUAUGAAGAGAGAGAUCCAGAGAAACUCCUGCCGUCCAACAGAGAAGUGAUUGUGAAACUUGCUGAAGUUGCUUUCAAACAGCUGAUGAAGGGCAAUGUGAUGUUCUAUGAGGAGGACCUGAUUGAGAGCAGAAUGGAUGUCACUGACGCCUCAGUGUAUUCUGGGAUUUGCACUGAGAUCUUUAAGCAGGAAUCUGUGAUUCAUCAGAGGAAAGUCUACAGCUUCAUUCAUCUGAGCGUUCAAGAGUUUCUCGCUGCAUUUUAUUGGUUUCACUGCUGUACAUGCAGUACUCUCACAGCGCUUGAAUAUUUUGAACCAUUGUAUAAUUUGCUUAAAGGUGCAGUAGAUAAAGCUCUUCUGAGUAAAACUGGACAUCUCGAUCUUUUCCUGCGGUUUCUGCUGGGCAUCUCACUGGGGUCCAAUCAGAGACUCUUACAAGAUCUACUGACACACACGGUGGACACCACACAAACCAUCAACACAAUCACACUGUACAUUAAAGAUAAAAUUAAACACGAAGAUCUCUCAGCUGACAGCUCCAUCAAUCUGUUCCUCUGUCUGCUGGAAGUGAAAGAUCAGACUCUGUACAGAGAGAUUGAGGAGUUUGUGAGAUCAGACAAACACUCAGAGAAGAAACUCUCUGCUGCUCACUGUUCAGCAAUAGCCUACAUGCUUCAGAUGUCAGAGGAGGUGAUGGAUGAGUUUGAUCUGAAGAAAUACAACACAACACAGGAGGGUAGAAGAAGACUCAUACCAGCUGUCAACAACAGUAGACGAGCUCUACUUCCUGAUUGUAAUCUCAUGGUUGAGUCCUGCAAAAUUGUGUCUUCAGCUCUUCAAUCCUCAAAUUCUCCUCUGAGAGAGCUUGAUAUGAGUAACAAUGAUCUGCAGGAUUCAGGAGUGAAGCUGAUCUCGGAUGCUCUCAAGAGUCACAACUGUCAACUAGAGAUACUGAGGUUAUCAGGUUGUAUGGUGACAGAUGAAGGAUGUUGUUAUUUGGCUUCAGCUCUGAGUUCAAAGCUGUCACACCUGAGAGAGCUGGACCUAAGCUACAAUCACCCAGAACACUCAGCACUUCAGCUGUACUCUUUUCAAAAUGAUCCAGACUAUGCACUGAAGAUACUUAAUUUAGACUAUGGAGGACUUUGCAGGGUCAAAUCGGGACUGCAGAAAUAUUUCUGUGAUCUCACACUGGAUCCAAACACAGUAAACACUGAACUCAUACUGUCUGAAGAGAACAAAAAGGUCACACAUGUGAAAAAUCCUCAGCCGUAUCCUGAUCAUCCAGACAGAUUUGAAGGUAUUCCUCAGGUUUUGAGUAAAGAGAGUCUGACUGGACGCUGUUACUGGGAGGCUCAGUGGGAAGUGUGGGCCCGUAUAGCAGUGAGCUACAAAGGAACCAGCAGGAAAGAAGGCACUAAUAGUAUGUUUGGGCUUGAUGACAAAUCCUGGAGUCUUUUCUGCAAUUCCAAUGGAUAUAACAUUUGGCACAAGAAUAAAACCAAGAACAUACCUGCUCCUUCAUCUUCAUCUAAAAAAGUAGGAGUUUAUCUGGACGUGUCGGCCGGCACUCUGUCCUUCUACAGUGUGUCUGACACACACACACUCACACACUUACACACAUUCAACACCACAUUCACUGAACCCCUCUAUGCUGGAUUUAUGAUUAAUUUACUCAACUCCUCAGUGUCUCUGUGCAAUUAAACAUACAUGCAUGUGCGCACACACAGACACACACACACACACAGUUUUUGUAGAAUGACUAAAGGGGACUGUAUUAAGUUUGGUACUGUAUCUAGCUUUACUUAAGGUGUGUUGGUCCGUAUUAAAGUGAAUAAAUUAAAGUGAUGAUAUACCUGCUGUAAACAAGCUAAAUAAUGUUUAGUGUUGCCUUUCAUUGGGCUCUUUUUUUUGUCAAGUAUUUUUUCAUUUGUAAUAUUGUGUGUUCAUAAAGCACAUUUUAUUAUGACACAAUAACAAGUCAAAAUCAAAUGCUGUUGGUUAAUAAUUGAUGGUAAUAUUGUCAACAUCAUGAAGUAGCCUAAAUCAUAACCAGGGCUUAAAGUUCUACGGCACCGUGCCGGAUCUCCGGUGUGCAGCGUUUGGUUGCGGGAAAAAAAAGUCUUCCAACAUUUAAAAACACUUGUUGAUAUCACGUUCGAGUUAAUGAGUUCGCCUACCAAUGUAUGGGAGGAACACAGCUUUCACUCUCAAAGAAACUAACAUUACUAGCCAAUCAGAAGUUUGUGCUCUUAUAAACAUGAGACACGCAUUAGCUGAUGAAUGGAAAUGAAGCCUGGGUCUCGAGCACGACACGUUGCAAAAGCUGUGAGGCGCAAUGGUCAAAGAUUUUCAUCUAGUGUCAUAUUGCAUAUUGCAUUGCAAAACAAAAAAAAAGUGCUAAAGUUUUGUGACAAUCAGACACAGACAUUACGAAUCAGUGUAUAAAACUCAAAAAUGCUGACAGUCAACAAACAGCUUAAUUUGUUCGGUUUAAUGAUAAAAAUUACUGCAUUUAGACUUGGCAUUAACAUGCAACUUGUAUCCGGAUGUUGUCCACAUACACAUUGAAAAGACAAGUGUAAAUGCACUUCUUUUUUUUGUAAAUUUUAUUUAUGCAGAUUUUUAACAUACAUAAUACAAAAAAAAGAACAAAAAAAAGGCAGUAAAUCGGACAAUUAAGGCUCAAAGAAAACAAGAAAACACAUACAGCCAGCUUUUACACAUGAUAUAAAAAGAAAAAAAAAGUAUAAAUAUACGUAUCCAUUCACUGAACAGAGGUCCCAAAACAACCACUCACACAGAUUAAGUCAAGGAGGCCUGAGCCUGGGGGGAGUGGCAAAGACUCAAUAAGGAUAUAAAAAAAAUAAAAAAAACCACAAAAAUCCAAUGCAAUUAGGUCCCAGUUUGUGGUCUAUCCUUCCUGAUGUAUUCUAUGAAAGGGCCCCAGAUCUUUUUGAACUUAUCUCGAGAGUUAGACAUGGAAAACCGAAUUUCUUCAAGGUGUAUACAGGAAACCAUAUCAUUAAGCCACCUCUUGAAGCAAGGAGGGGAAACACACUUCCACUCCUGUAGGAUAACCUGUUUUGCAGUGGUCAUACCAAACAUGAGGGCUUGUUGUAAAGCGAAUGGAAGAGCCGAAGAACCAUUGGAGCAGCCCAGUAUAACUAAGAGACAGUCAGAAACCAGUUGUCUAUUAUAAACAGCACUGUACAAACUGAAAAUGUCAACCCAGAAUCUUGUGAGCUUAGGGCAGGACCAGAAAAGAUGCCCAAGAGUUCCAUUAGCUGAUUUGCAUUUAUCACAAGUGGGGGAAACAGCAGGAAAAAAUGUGUUCAGUCUGGUCUUGGAAUAGUGCAACCUAUGAACUACUUUAAACUGAAUAAACUAAAGUUGAGUGUUAAUAGAGCAUGAUUUUAUCUUAUUUAAACCUAUCGCCCAUAACUCAUCAGAUAUAACUUUGCCAGUGUCCUUGAUCCACGGCUCUUUAAUAUGGAGAGAGGGGGUUGCCACAACAAAGAGAUUAACAAACCGAGAAAUCAAAUAUUUGGAGGUGGGAGGGCUGGUCAUAAUAUCAAAAAAGUAAUGUGGCAUAGGGGUCGCAUCUAGAAGAGAAGAAGUAUGCUUGACAAUAUUCCUAAUUUGUAGAUAACGAAAAAAUUGAUUAGUAGGAAGUUUGAACUUAGCUUGGAGCUGAGCAAAAGAUGCAAAGUGAUUAUCAAUGUAGAGAUCCCUGAUAGUAGUUAAACCUUUAUUUGACCAUUACAUAAAAAAAGCAUCCAUCAAACCAGGCUUGAAACAAGGGGUUCUGACAUAUGGGGGCAUGAAUUGACUUUCCUGGGAGGUUCAGCAUUGCCUUGAUUUGCUUAAAAAUUUUAAUCGAGUUGCAGAGUAAGAAAUUGUUGCGUAGCGAUUUAAUUUUAAUAUCAGGUUUUGAGAAUAGAAUGGCUGACAUGGAGGCACCAGUAAGUGACACAGCAUUACUAAGCUCAAUCUCAGGCCAUCUAGGGCCGGGUCCGCUCACCUCUGACCCCCCAGCCGUGGACUGAUUCCAGAAAACCCAUGCUCUGGCGUUACAGGCCCAGUAGUAAUGCCGAAAGACAGGCAGGCGUAAACCACCCUCCUCCGUGGGCUUCUGUAAAUGGGCCUUUGAAAUACAGGCGGGAUUGGAGGCCCAAACGAAGGGCAUGAUAAUAGAGUCUAACAUCUUGAAAAAGGAAGAAGUGAGGAAGAUGGGCACAUUCUGAAAUAAGUAAAUUUUGGGAGCAUGACCGUUUUAACAAUGUUGACACGGCCAAUCAUUGAGAGGGGGAGAAGUUUCCAUUUAUCUAUCAUACACUUAAGCCUACCAAUCAGAUCCAUAUAAUUAAGUUUAAAGAGAAGUUUUGGAUUUCUGGGGAUGUUAAUCCCCAGGUAGGAAAAGUGGUGUAAAUGCACUUCUGAUCGGAAUGUUAUCCGAUCAGCAUGUCUUGGUCCAGAGGUAGUCGAGGACGCAUUGUGAUUGGAUUUAAGUGUAAUGUAAAUGGAAUCCAGUCAUUGUGUCUGCAUUCGCCAGUCAACGUCACG